UGUUGAAGCUACAAUCGGGUAUCGGGCCACUUCGAGACACUUACGUUUUAAAGAAAACACGCGGAAAAGUAUCUGACUGUUUGCAGGGAUAUUUAACUACUUUGUUGUGCAUACAAUCCUCCUUGGUGUUGUGAUAAUUGCUGCUACAUUUUUCUUGGAGACGUUAGGAAUGAAUUCAAAAACCUUUACAACUUUGGAUACUUUUGAUACAGAGUUUUCCGCAGACUCUGUAGAAUGGUGUCCAAUAGAAGGGUUUGAUAAUAUCUUGGUGUGUGGAACCUACCAGUUAUUCAAAAAUGAAGAAAGUGAUGAAACGAGUACUUCAAAGAAGUCGAAACGUUUUGGUAGAAUUUAUCUCUUCCGCAUCGACUGUGGUUGUAAACUUAAACUUUUGCAAUGCUUGGAUGUCCCUGCUGUGCUAGACAUGAAGUGGAUGCAUAUAAAAUUGAAUGAUAAAAUUUUACUAGGUGUUACAAAUGCUGCAGGAUGUGUACAAAUUUACAAACUUAUAAAUAAUGAAAACGAGCCUUCUUUAGUAUUGUGUGCAGAGAAAAGUCUGACAAGUGAGGAUAAUAAUGAAGUAUUGGCGCUAUCGUUAGAUUGGUCAUCUGGAAAAUUGGACAUUUCGGACAAUGGCCAAAACGUGCAAAUUGUAGUCAGUGAUUCAAAAGGAUCGAUUUCAGUUUUCGCAUUGACGGAAGAGGCAACUUUGGAAAUAGCGUCUACGUGGAAUGCACAUGAAUUCGAAGCGUGGAUCGCAGCCUUUGAUUAUUGGAAUCAUAAUGUCAUAUUUUCUGGUGGGGAUGAUUGUAAGUUCCAAUGGUUUGACCUAAGAGUGAGUACACGACCGGCAGGAGUCAGCAGAGCACAUGGAGCUGGAGUGACGAGUCUUCAUAACAAUGCGGCACGCGAGUUUUUACUGGCUUCCGGAAGUUAUGAUGAAAUCUUACGAUUGUGGGAUGUUAGGAGCAUUCGUCGCCCAGUGUCCGAAGUUAAUCUAACUGGAGGAAUCUGGCGUUUGAAAUGGGACCCAAAAACCCACGACUAUUUGAUUGCUGCAUGUAUGUAUGGUGGCUUCAAAAUAGUAGAUUGUAGAAAUAAUGACAGACCGAAUGUUGUGAGUGAAUAUAUGGAACACGAGAGUAUUGCGUAUGGCUGUGAUUGGUCAUUGUUCAACAGCAGCAAGAUUCAGCGUCAAGAAGUUUUAGAUCAAGCCCCAGGUACUCAAGUUUUGGUUGCCACAUGCUCUUUUUAUGAUCAUGCAUUGAAACUGGCUGCUAUUAAUUUAUAUGACAAUGAAUGAUGCGUGCACAGACAAUAGUUGGCGCAUCUAACUUAAUCAUUAAGAAUCCAGCGUGUGAAUUGUUUUGUAAAUAAACUAUCGUGUCGGUUAGUAGUUCA